AUGCCGCGCCUAGACGAAACCACACAGCAAACGCUACGCGAUGCCGAACAAGGCAUCCGGCGCACCACAGCCAGCGCCUGGGAAAGCUUCAGCAACUUUGCCCUACGCGACAAUGUACUCGAGGUAGCCGUUGGUCUGAUCCUCGCCUCCUCCUUCACCGCCUGCGCCAACGCCCUAGUCAGCGACAUAAUCCUUCCGAUAAUCUCGCUCCUCCCCUUCCUCAGCCGAACCCUCGACACAAAAUUCGUGCUCCUGCGUCACGGGCCCAACUCCAACUCUACAAUCUCCGCCGGCUACAACACGCCCGCACAAGCCGUCGACGACGGUGCCGUGGUGCUUGCGUACGGUCAUUUCCUUGAUAAGAUUGUCAGGUUUGCCAUUGUUGCGCUGGCGCUGUGGGUUAUUGCGAAUGUGUAUGGGAGGUUCAGUGGGGAUAGCAUUGUGAAGAGGCAGGUCAAGUUUAACAUGGCGACGUUUUAUGGUCUGUAUGGUCAACGGCAUUCAAACGGCACCCCUCACUCUAAAGCCUAUACUAUGUUCAAGUUCCCGAUGUUGGAAAAGAUCGACCUAAGCGGCAAUGAUGUCCUCGAUGUUACCGCUUCAACAGCUGAAGAAGAGGGAAUGACAGAUCCGACGUUACCAUCUCCAUCAUCUGCGCAUCCAACAACAUCCUACCCAGCCUCCUCGCAAAACAAGCAUCCCAUCCCUUCAUCAUCACAAAUACCAUAG